UGUUACUCAAGCUGGGUAAGUAUUACGUGAACGACACGAGAAAGCGCAUUUCUCUAGUGGAUCUUGAAGUGGAAAGUGAACACCAAGUCCUCAGAAGCAGUUUUGGCAGCCGGGCGACAUCAUCAGAGAUUUUAGUGAGCACUAUGACCAGCCUCACCGCACUACUGUUACUGACCCUCAUAUCCCUCAGCCAAUGCGAAACGUUUCUGAACGCGAUAAAAAAUUACGGCCCCUCGCCAGAAGUUUUAAAUCGAGUCGAUCCCAACAACAAGAAAUACGAUUUCAUCGUAGUGGGUGCUGGAUCGGCAGGUUCCGUAUUGGCUAAUCGCCUGUCGGAGAACAAGAAAUGGAAUAUUUUGUUGCUGGAAGCCGGAGGACCCGAGAGUCUUCUUCAUCAAGUGCCGAUACUCGUGGGCUAUUUUCAGUUGUCCAGCUUCAAUUGGGGCUACAAGGUCGAGCCCCAGAAGAACGCUUGUUUAGGAAUGAUCAAUCGACAGUGUUCCUGGCCACGUGGCAAAGCCCUUGGUGGAACGAGCACUCUUAAUUACAUGAUACACACUCGGGGAAACAAAUUGGAUUACGAUAUCUGGGCUGCGCUGGGAAACGAGGGGUGGUCUUAUAACGAUGUGUUGCACUAUUUCAAGAAGAGCGAGAAAUUUGAUGUCCCAGGCAUCAAGAACUCCUCGUAUCACGGUUACAACGGCUACCUCUGUGUGGAGCACGUACCCUACCACACAGAACUAGCGAAGGCGUUCCUAAAAGCUGGGACACAUCUGGGUUACAAGAUCGUGGACUACAACGGCGAGGAUCAAAUAGGGUUCUCGUACAUCCAGGCGAACUUGGACAAAGGAACUAGAUGCAGCGCCUCGAAGGCGUACCUUCGGGUAAACAGACCGAAUCUGAACAUCGUAACGGGAGCACAGGUCACGAAGGUGUUAAUCGACGAGAAUAACCGAACGUACGGUGUCGAAUUCAGUCAAAACCACCAGUCUAAGCGAGUAUUUUGUUCCAAAGAGGUGAUCCUCUCUGCCGGUACCAUAGACACCCCAAAACUGUUGAUGCUAUCAGGGAUAGGACCGAGGGAGCACCUGGAGGAGCUGGGGAUCGAGGUGAUCCAGGACUCCAAAGUAGGGUACAGCAUGUACGAGCACGUAGGGUUCCUGGGUCUGACUUUCUUGGUCAAUCAACCUGUGUCUCUGUUGCAAAGCAGACUGGCCAGACCUAGUGUCUUCGUGGAGUACCUGCUGCACAGAGACGGUCUGAUGUCGCUUCCUGGAGGAGCGGAAGCCUUAGCGUUCAUGAGGACCAAGUAUGCUCCCGAUAGUAGGCCGGACGUGGAGCUGCUGUUCGCUUCUGGAUCCCUGCACUCGGACGGAGGUCUACCUCUGAAGAAGGCUCUGAGGAUAACCGACGAGCUGUACGACACCGUUUAUAAACCCAUCGAGAACAGAGACGCUUGGUCCAUUUGGCCCAUAGUACAGAGUCCGAGGAGCGUUGGUAGACUCACACUUAGGUCAAAGGACCCAUUCGAGCCGCCCAGGAUGGAGCCUAACUUCUUCACCCACCCUGCGGACGUGGAGAUCAUCCUGGAGGGCGUAAAACACGCCAUCAACAUCUCGAAGACACCUCCGUUUCAGAAGUAUGGCAGCAGGUUGCACGAUAUCAAGAUUCCUGGCUGUAGAUCGUUCGAGUUUGCGAGCGACGAUUAUUGGAGGUGCGCCAUUAAGCAUCUGCCUUCCAUGAUGAAUCAUGAGAUAGGCACCGCGAAAAUGGGACCGAGGGACGAUCCGUUCGCGGUCGUGGAUCCUCAGUUGAGGGUGUACGGUGUUCGGGGGUUGAGAGUUGCGGACGCGUCGAUAAUGCCCUCUAUGCCCACGGGGCAUGUGAACGCGGGCAUUUUUAUGAUAGGGGAGAAAGCGGCUGAUAUGAUUAAGAAUGACUGGCAAUGAGGUUUUUGAUUUGGGUAUUUGUCGGUAUGGGUAAAUAUCUUUAUAAGAUGUGUGAGUUAUCUGAAUAUUUUUCGUCAGAUAGUUAGGUUAUUGAGGUAAGUAUUUCCAUGGGAUAAGUAGGUUAUCUGAAUAAGUAUUUUCAUGGGAUAAGUAGGUUACCUGAAUAAGUAUUUUCAUGGGAUAAGUAGGUUAUCUGAGUAAAUACUUUGGAAGAUAUGUGAAUUAUCUGAUUAAGUAUCUUUAUUAUAUAUGUGAAUUAUCUGAGCAAGUAUCAUCACGAUGCAUAUGAAUUAUCUCAGGAAGUAUCUUCAUGUAUAUGAGUUAUCUCAGUAUGUAAUUUUAUAAAACAUGUGAGUUAUCUGAAUAAGUAUUGCAAUGAAAUAUGUAAGUUAUUUAAAUAAGUAUCUUUAUGAUAUAUGUGAUUUAUAUGAAUGCAUAUUUUUAAGAGAUACUUGUAUAUU